AUGGCCUACUGCACCUUGCUAUCCAGCGACAAUUACUUGCCUGGAGCCAUUGUUCUUGGUCAUCGUCUCAAAACCCUCGACUCAUCACGCGACCGUCUGUGUCUCAUCACCAAGGCCGUUUCGCCGCACAUCAAACAGGAACUCGCCCAGUACUACUCGUCUGUGUUUCUGGUGGACGACAUUCUACCCUACAAUGACUCGUCCAGAGCUGCACAACAGCUGCUAGGGCGUCCGGAGCUCGGCACCACGCUGGCCAAGAUUGCUGUGUGGAACCUCACCCAAUACAGGCAGAUUCUCUUUCUGGAUUCAGAUGUUCUUCCGCUCAAGGACAUUAGUAUUCUGUUCAAGGUGCUCCAGAAUCAGAGCAACAGCGGAAAACCCGUUCUGGUGGCUUCGCCUGACGUCGGAUGGCCUGACGUGUUCAAUUCCGGCGUUUUUGCCACCGUUCCGGACCAAAAUGUGUACUCUACGCUUGUCGAACUUGCCCAGUCUGGCAUUUCUUUUGACGGAGGAGAUCAGGGCCUGCUGAACGAGUAUUUCCGAGAAGUAAACCCGUUUUCUACCUCGUCUGAGCCCGACGGAUCGUGGGUUCGAGCCCCCUUCACCUUCAACGUGCCUGCUAAUGGCGCUGGGGUCGGUUCUGGAGUUGCUUCUGGAGCUGGUGCAGGCCCUGGAGCCGGACUGGGAUCUGGAGCAGCCGGCUAUGAGCCCGCUUAUACCCGUUUCAAGAAUGAAGUGUCCGCUGUGCACUUUCUGGGCCCUGGAAACAAACCCUGGAUGUCUUCAAGAGGCAGUUUCAACGACUACCAUGUGGCGUGGAACCGUGCGUACAACGAGCUGUAUCCGUACGUGAAGCCCUCUGAGCUGGCUGACUCUUUGCGAAACAAACGAACAAUUGGAGCCGAUAUUAACAGAUGGGAUCCCUCCAUUAUGCCCCCUCCUGCACGAGGUGUGGGAGAAGCUGUCAAAUUGCAGCAGACGGAGUUUCGAAACGUUUGGGAUGCUAAUCACACUGCUCCUUCCCCUGCGCCUUCUCACGAACACCACCAUCAUCAUCCCCCUCAUCAUCACUCUGGUAGCCAUCAUCAUCAUCACCACUCGGACAAGUCUCAAAAGCACGCACCAAGCGCACCCCCUCCCAUCUUUCCAUGGGAACGAAAAAACCGAGUAGUCACCCGAGUGUUUGACGACUAUGUGGUGCCUCCAUAUGCGGAAUUUGUUGCUCCUGAAGAAAUCGUCGACGACGAGGAAGAAGACGAAUAUGAGUACGUGGAAGACGACGUGGUGGAGGUAGACGGUGAAGUCGACGAUAUUGUCGAAGGCAUGUCGUUCUCGCUGAAUGACAUUUCAGAAGAUGAUGACGAGUAUACGCCCUCUGGAGGCAAGAAGAUUGCUUACCCUGUGACUCCCUUUGCUUCUAUUCGAGGUAGACGACCUACCGGCCUUCCAGGCGUCGCUCCCGAGUUUGAAGAUGACGAGGAGGAAGGAGGCGAAGUUGUGAACGACAUUCGCAUGCGACGAACUUCCGAAGACGAGUAUGGAAGCACCGAUGAGUGGGACCCUAGUCUGAAGCUGGAGGAGCUCAGACGGGCCUCUGAUCGUCUCAGUUCCUCUCAGACGUCGUACGUCCCUGAUGAUAUUUGA